AUGAACUCCGUCCACAGCCUGAUAGACGCUCCAGCACCAGCCUCGGCCCAGGGCCCGGCCCAGCUUGGAGCCCAGGCAGGGCUUCAUCUCCACGACCACGCUCAGGAGCAGUCUCAGCCGCAUCACCAGCUGCACCGCCUAGCCUCACCCACCCCGAUCCCGGUGUCGGCUUCGGCGCCGGCCCCGGGCCCCAUCGGCCUCUCGCUGUCUCCUUCAGCGGCGACCGCGUCGGCGCCAACUCCCGUCCAUACCCCGAGGCCAGACGAUCUGCAGCAGAGACAGCUGCCGCCGCCCUCUACGCCGUCCAUGGUGCAUUAUGCGUCCAUCGCUUCGCCUCCUCUGAGACAGGAUACUAGCUCGUCAAUCUCAACUCAGGCCACCACGGCUACCCUGGCCUCUACAGAGACCAACAACACAUCGUACAGUGCCGACACCUCCCCUAACCUGCACCAGUCCAUUUUCUCCCUCAAGGAUGGCUCCGACGUCUCUAACAGCCGUCGAACCAGCAGGAGACGUACCGGCCCCCUAUCUCAACAGUCCAGAGAACGGGCCGCCCUGAUCAGAAAGCUAGGAGCCUGCGUCGACUGCCGCCGCAGGAGAGUUGCCUGCCACCCAAGCCAUCACAACAUGACUUGGGAAGACGUGGUUAGCAAGUUUCACAGGUCGCACAGCCCGGCCGUUCAGGAUAUUGCUCCCUCCCUCGCCGCCGCUGGCCGGCCUCUCAGUCCCGCAACUCCCCUCAACGCUGUCCAGCCCAUAUUCACCCAUGAUCCCCAGGAGAUGGAGAUUGAUGCUGGCAACACGACGCCUGGCAGUCACCAUCAGCCCGGCCGUCCACCCCUGAGUGAAGCCCGCAUUCGCACCCCGCUCCCGACUGGCCCGAGGCUGGAGAAGUCGCUGUCUUUGCCGGGGAUUGAAAGCCUCAAAAACGACAUUCAAAGCAAUGCUGCGCGCAUGUUGUCUGCCACUACCCGCGGCCGGUACAACUCGGUGCAGGCCCUGUUAUUGUUUUGGCAAGAAGAUGAUGACGGGCUGUUGGUCCAGAGUGCAGUCAGAGAGCUAGCUGACGUCUUUGACAAGUACUAUCACUAUACGUUUCAAAUUCAGACUAUCCCCUCCUCUUCAGAAAGCUGUAAAAGCUCAUGGAGGUGGCUGUCGCGAAAGCUCAACGACUUUGCCGAGGAGCGCGAUCAGCGUGACGUUUUGAAAAUUGUUUACUACAUAGGCCAUACUUAUCUUGAUGGGAACCGUGAUAUGGUCUUGGCAAGCUCAAAAGAUCCUGACAGAGCCUCGACAAUCCGAUGGAGUGGUAUUCAACAAAUUCUCGAGGAGGCCUGCUCAGAUACUCUCAUCAUUAUGGAUGCCGCUUAUUAUCCCCCGGCUAGGAUCGUACGGCAACAAGGUGUACUUGAAAUCAUCGCAGCUUCUUUAUCAGAAGAUCACCUCAUAGCCCUCGAUCGGUGUGCUUUUACUCUAGCUCUCGCCGAACAGCUACGCACACGUGCAGCGCGCCAGACGCCACUCUCUGUGGUUGAACUGCACUCCAUCCUCAUGGCCCUUUAUCCUAAAAUGGCCCGGGACCGUACACCCGAGAGAGAGAUUAUAACGAGCUUUCCCUCCCCGCUGCAUACUAUGAUGUCCGGAAACUCGAGGCUACCUUCGAUAUUCCUCUCGCCUGUCCAGCAAAGUAGCCCGCUGCGAAGCAGCUUCUCCUACGAAAACAGCCCACAGCUACACCUAGCUAUCAAGUUGAACGAUGAGAACAUUGAUAUCGACAGUUGGAACGAGUGGCUGCGCAUGAUGCCGGAAGGAAUCAAGGACAUCAAAAUCGACGGUCCAUUCCGGGCACAGUUUAGGUAG